UGAAAAAAUAAAAUGCUACUUAACUCAGGGUAUCAUGGUUUAAGUUUCGUCCUUUAAUAUUUAAUUAAUAACAGUGUACAAUUAUUUUAUUAUUAUAAAUAUUUAUAUAUUUGUCAAAGUUACCGCGUCUCGGGAAGACCGAUAAAAUACGCACGGACACCCUGUAUAAGAUACGUCGCGGAGCACGUGACGGAGACGUCGUCGUCGGCGCGUCGCGUCGGUGCGAUGUGUACAUUGUGUGCGAUGCAACGCGCGACGCAUCGCGAUGACAGUGCAUGCAUCGGUGCGGAGUGCGGACUUUCCUUCGCGUCAUCCUUGCGAGUCCGUUCGUCGAACGUUCGCCAAAACGUUCGUCCAAAACGUUUGCGAAUAUAUAACCGCGGAUAAUCGCGCGUCGCGAUAAGCCGGCCGAUUUAUCCGGCGGGGAGACCGUUUCCUCGAGCUCGCCUCGACAUAACCUCAAAAGCUAACCGCGACAGGUGGAGGCGCGGCGACGGCGCGGCGUCGCGGACGUCCGUCCGUCCGUCCGUCCGUUCCUUCUCCUCCCCGAAUGGAAGCGAACGCGACGCGCACCGACGUCGUUGCGCGGCACGUCGCGCGCGACGAUCGAUGCAAUUAAAGGGGGAGAAUUAUUCAUCGGGGGGGGCUUUACAGGCGAUCCGAGCCGCGUUUCCCCGGUCGUCGGCGUCUUCCUCGUGCCGUUGCCGUUUUCCCCGAUGCGGCGACGCCGCUGCUAUUCCGUCGAUCCGGCCGCCCCACGGGCUCUGAUCCGGGUGCCGCACGCGUGAGAGAGAAAGAAUAAGAGAGGGAGAGAAAAGGGAGAGAGAGAGAGACGUUCGUAUACUACGGAGGCCGAACAUGAAUCGGCAAGGGCGUAGCGCGCGUGCAGGCAUGUGAGAAACGUCAAAUACGUGUGCGCGUGUGUGCCGGAAGGGAAGAGAGAAAUAGAGAUAGAGAGAGAGAGAUCCCCGGCGAAAACGUCUUAAAAUACGCGUGACGAUCAUGGAAGUCGCCGUCACGAAGCUGGUGCAGUGGUUCAACGAACUCAGGUCCCGGGUGCACCUUUACCUGCACGCCCAGACCCUUGGCCCGGUAAGGGCGGAAAAUGGUGGCUCACAGGGCGACGAUCAGCUAGGCGGGCAACAGAAUGAUGGCGAAGAGAGGGUCAUUUUCGUCAAUGCCCCUCAUCAGCCGGCGAAAUACAGAAACAAUCACGUUACUACCGCCAAGUAUACAUUUCUGUCGUUCGUACCUCUGUUCCUGUUCGAACAAUUCCGCCGCUACAGUAACUGCUUCUUCCUGUUCAUCGCACUCAUGCAGCAAAUACCAGACGUGUCUCCGACAGGACGCUGGACAACAUUGGUUCCACUGAUUUUCAUUCUCAGCGUGUCCGCUUUGAAAGAGAUAGUCGAGGACGUUAAGAGGCACAGAGCGGACGAUGAAACAAACAUGAGAGAGGUGGAGGUGCUGAGGGACGGGCGCUGGCAGUGGAUACAGUGGCGCGCCAUAGCCGUCGGCGAUGUGGUUAAGGUUCACAACAACACUUUCUUCCCCGCUGACUUGAUUAUGUUGUCGUCGUCGGAACCACAGGGUAUGUCCUUCAUAGAGACCGCCAACCUGGACGGCGAGACGAAUCUGAAGAUCCGACAGGCCCAUUCCGACACUGCCAAUCUCUUAGAUACUGCGGAAUUAAUGAAUUUUCACGCGAACAUUCAAUGCGAGCCGCCCAACAGGCAUUUAUACGAGUUUCACGGAGUCCUACGGGAGACCAAUAAACAGAGUGUAGCUUUAGGGCCCGAUCAAUUGUUACUCCGUGGCGCGAUGUUGCGGAACACACGGUGGGUGUUUGGUGUAGUCAUAUACACGGGACACGAUACGAAACUCAUGCAGAAUAAUACCGCGACAGCGCCGUUGAAGCGAUCCACCCUGGAUCGGUUGAUCAACACGCAGACACUGAUGCUAUUUUUCAUACUUCUUCUGUUGUGCAUUCUUUCCGCGAUAUUCAACGCCGUGUGGACGAACGCCAACAAGGAAGGCCUCUGGUACCUGGGAUUGCAAGAGGAAAUUACUAAGAACUUCGCUUUCAAUCUGCUGACGUUUAUUAUUCUCUUCAAUAAUUUAAUACCGAUAUCGCUGCAAGUGACGCUCGAGGUAGUGAGAUUCGUUCAGGCUACGUUUAUUAACAUGGACAUAGAAAUGUAUCACCCGGAAACGAACACUCCGGCGAUGGCUCGUACGAGUAACCUGAACGAGGAACUCGGGAUAGUUAAGUACAUAUUCACGGAUAAAACCGGCACCCUUACGAAGAACGUCAUGGAGUUUAAGCGGUGUUCAGUCGGCGGAAGAUUGUAUGAUUUGCCAAAUCCUUCAAACGGCCACGGAAGUACGAGUGACAGCAAUUGCGAUUUAAUUAAGGAUAUUUUGGAAGGAAGAGCCGUGCGGGACUCCUCGAAUCCUAUCGACAAGAAGAAAGCGGAGCACGCGGCCAUACUUCACGAGUUUAUGGUCAUGUUAUCAGUUUGCCACACGGUUAUUCCCGAAAAAAUAGACGAUUCCAUAAUCUAUCACGCUGCGUCUCCUGAUGAAAGAGCGCUGGUAGAUGGGGCACGUAACUUUAACUACGUGUUUGACAUGCGAACGCCCAGCUACGUGGAAAUCAAAGCUCUAGGCGAGACGCAGCGAUACGAAAUCCUGAACGUUAUAGAAUUCACCUCGGCCAGGAAGCGUAUGUCGGUGAUCGUGAAAACGCCCGAGGGAAAGAUUAAAAUUUUUUGCAAAGGCGCGGACUCGGCUAUUUACGAAAGAUUGAUGUCGGCUUCUUUAGAAACUAGCGAUCUUGAUUUAGAACACGCGGAUGAUUUUCGUGAGACGACCCUAGAGCAUUUGGAAGCUUUCGCCACGGACGGAUUGCGAACGCUUUGUUUCGCCUCCGCGGAAAUACCCGAAAAUGUUUAUCAGUGGUGGCGCGAAUCGUAUCAUAAAGCGUCGAUCAGUGUUAGGAAUCGCGAAACUAUGUUGGAUCAAGCUGCGAAUUUUAUUGAGAGUAAACUCACGUUAUUAGGAGCAACUGCGAUUGAAGAUCAACUACAAGAUCAAGUUCCAGAAACGAUACAGGCUUUUAUACAAGCUGAUAUCCAUGUCUGGGUAUUGACGGGAGAUAAGCAGGAAACCGCCCUAAAUAUCGGUUACUCGUGUAAAUUGAUAACGCACGGAAUGCCACUUUACAUUAUUAAUGAAUCUUCUUUGGAUAAAACAAGAGAAGUCAUCAUCCAACGCUGUCUUGAUUUUGGGAUUGACUUAAAAUGCAAAAACGAAGUAGCCCUGAUUAUAGACGGCAGUACGUUAGACUAUGCUUUGUCUUGCGACAUCAGGAUGGAGUUCUUGGAAUUAUGUUCAGCUUGCAAAGUCGUCAUCUGUUGCAGAGUAUCGCCGAUUCAAAAAGCUGAGGUGGUUGACUUAAUCACGAGUAACAAGAAAGCGGUGACACUUGCGAUUGGGGAUGGCGCGAACGAUGUGGCCAUGAUACAAAAAGCUCACAUCGGCGUCGGCAUCUCGGGUGUGGAGGGUCUUCAAGCGGCCUGUGCCUCGGAUUACUCCAUCGCACAGUUUCGUUUCCUGAAACGUCUGUUAUUCGUUCACGGUUCUUGGAAUUAUAGCAGAAUGUGUAAAUUAAUCUUGUAUUCGUUUUACAAGAAUAUUUGUUUAUAUGUUAUCGAAUUAUGGUUUGCCAUCUAUUCCGGCUGGUCCGGACAGAUCCUUUUCGAAAGAUGGUCAAUUGGACUUUACAACGUGGUUUUUACUGCUGCUCCUCCAUUAGCUAUGGGUCUCUUUGACAAAGUGUGUUCCGCGGAAACUCACUUGGCUCAUCCGGGAUUGUACGCGACGAAGAAUAACGGCGAGUCAUUCUUCAAUAUUAAAGUAUUUUGGGUAUGGAUUAUAAAUGGGCUGAUUCAUUCGUCGCUAUUGUAUUGGCUGCCGCUAAUGGCUUUGAAGCAAGACGUAGCUUGGGCGAACGGUAGAGACGGUGGCUAUCUUCUACUAGGAAACUUUGUCUAUACCUAUGUUGUAGUAACGGUAUGCGCGAAGGCGGGUCUAAUAAUAAACUCAUGGACAUGGGUCACCCACUUGGCGACAUGGGGAUCUAUUAUACUCUGGUUCUUAUUUAUUUUAAUAUAUAGUAAUUUUUGGCCCUUCUUGAACGUCGGCGCUGUGAUGCUGGGCAAUGAUAGAAUGUUAUUUUCUUCGCCUGUUUUUUGGCUGGGACUCAUAUUAAUACCUACCGCGGUAUUACUACUGGAUGUCACAGUAAAGGCAGUGAGGAAUACUAUUUGGAAGUCCGUAACAGAAGCAGCCCGAGAGAAUGAAAUCAAGAAAUCUGAUCCUGGUGAUAUAUUCAACAAUCAGGAUUACAGAAGCUCAUUGACCGAGACGGCGAGGUUGCUGAAAAAUGUUAAAAGCGUUUUCACCAGGCGCUCGAACGCCGCCUCCAGAGUCAGUGUCGAGGUGGAGCUAUCACAUGGUUUCGCGUUCUCGCAAGAGGAGGGUGGCUCGGUGACCCAGACCGACGUGAUCAGAGCCUACGACACGAAUCUUCCGAAACCCGGCGGCAUGUGAUUUAAGCGGGACGGCCGCCGCGGGGCGGCGAAACGAUGCCGGCCACUCUUCCAAGUGGCCUGAGUGGCGGUAGAGAGAGCUUCGCGGCUCUGCGUUUUACUCGGGAGGAGAAUCGUCAGAACGACGAACGACAUCGGGGAUCAGAUCGACGACAGACUUAAGGACCGAGAAGAAGACUCGAGAGAGAGAGAAAAUAUUUCUAUCCUUCAAUCGAUCGUGUUUCGCUAAGUUAGAAUCUGACGAUUCUAACGAGCAUGGCCUUUCAAUCGCGACUGAUCACUAACGUAUUUUAUUUCGUCGGACUUGUCGCCCGGGCAAAAGGGAAUUGUACAUUUGUAACGGACGCGACUUAUCAAUGACUCAUUAACAUUAAUGUUUGAAGCAAGGAUUCCUCUUUAAAUUACUGAUCCACUUUUGCAGAAUACUCU